CAGCGAGCCAUUCGUGCAUCAUUCCGUUUCGUCCUUUGCGACUCACAGAUAGACUCCGACUCUAUCCAUUCGCCGUCCUUUCCUUUCCGCAGCCUGGAAAAAGUGUGCCGUCGCCGCCGUCGAUUCCGCGCGACGUUCUAGUUCCCUUCUUGUAGGCAUGCCAAGAAGAGUCUAUUUUUGACUCCUCACGCAUGGUUCUAAUCCCCUUCUUGUCAGAAUAAGCCUCGUCAGACCCGUGUCCCUCCGAUCCGCUCACGCUGAUCCGUGCGCCACUGAUCCGAUUUACGAAUCCCGGUGCCUGAGAGUUUCUGUUCCCUCCUCCCUCAAAACCACUCUUCCUUUAAGAUUGCUACAUCUGAAAGACGACUUCUGCGCCCAAUCUCCCCGCGAUGGAGAGCGUGGGCUUCGACGCGCGAAAGGCGGCGGUGUUGGCGGCGCUCGCGUCGGUUGAGCGCGACAGGUCGCUCAAGGGCGGCCUGGAUGCGCCGAUUGCGGAUCUGGUGGCGGAAAUCAACGGCCACGAUGACCUCUUCACCACCAGCUCCUGCUCCGGCCGCAUCUCGCUCCUCCUCGAACCGCACGCACCCGCUGCCGCCGCCGCCGCCGCUGGUGCUGGUGCCGGUUCUGGUGCUGGUGCCGGCGGGCCGUCUGGAGGGGAAGAGGGGGAGGGACCGGGGGAGGGGGCAGGCGGGGAGACGAGGGUAAAGAAGAAAGCGCGGGGCGGCGAGUGGCUGCUGGUCAGCCACGACCCCAUCGACCCGACAGACCUCGUUAGAGCCGUCUUCGCUACAAGCACUGCGUGCGCGGGUGCCACUACCCCCCCGCCCUCUCUCCCUGGCGAGCUCGUGUUCCGUUUCGAGCCGCUCAUCCUCGCCCUCGAGUGCCGCUGCCUCGCUGCGGCGCAGCAGCUGGUGUCGUGCGCCAUCAGGGCGGGCUUCAGAGAGUCAGGCAUCACCAGCGUCAGCCACAAGCGAAUUAUUGCAGCCAUUCGCUGCUCCAUCCGCCUCGAGGCGCCGCUGACAGCUAGCGGCAUGCCAUUGGUCGGGGAGGCGUUCGUGCGCCACCUGGCGGCGGUGGCCAAUGGGAAGAUGGCGCUCAACCGCGAGAGAACAGACCGGUUCAGGGCGAGGUUCAAGGAAGAGUGCAGCUGUUCCAGCGUGGUCCAUCCGUCAUCCAAACCGUCCGAACCACUCGACCCAACACCCGGGCCACACCCUCACCCAGCGCCCCCUAAGCCAUCUCAUCCUAGGAAGGCGGCACGGCACAGCGUAAGAGAGCAGCAAGGGGCGGUGGAUGGCCACGUAGCGCAACUCCAGGGGCGCCAGCUGGCACAGCGCCAGGUGGCAGUGCUGCGGAGAAUAGGGGAGGUGGAGGGGAGGCUGGUGCUGGGGGCCAGGGAUUCUGCCACAGGGGUCUCGAAAUCUAUCUCUGCUCUUUCUGCUGCUGCUGCUGGUGCUGCUGCAACAGUGCCAGCAUCAUCAGCACCAGCAGCAGCAGCGGCAGCAGCAGCAGCAGCAGCAGCAGCAGCAGCAGCAGCAGUGGCAGCAGAUGCCGACAUGCUGCCACUACAGGAUGUGGCUGGUUGUUGCAGCAGCAGCGCGUGGGACAUGCCCCAGGGAUCAGCCCGACUAGGAAAGCUGGCAGUAGAGUCAGCUCAAGGACUGGAUGAUCUCUCCCUGCCUGGUAACCAGGCACAUGACGGGCAGGUGCACGGGCAGGUGGUGAAGGUUUUAGGGCUGCCUGACGGCAGUCUUUUGAGGUGGGGCCAUUCAGCUGUGACGGUUGGUGCAGGGGCAGUGGUGGGAGCUGUGGCUGCAGGAGGGGCAGCGAAAAUUAAAGAAGCAGCAGUUGCAGGGUCAACUGUGGCAGGGACAGUGGGAGCAGGCAGAGCAGAAGCAGGCAGAGCCGUGGUGGUUUUUGGGGGGUUUGGGGGAAGUGGGGUGCACAGCAGGCGAAACGACGUGGUUGUGGUGAGGGUGAGGGAAGGAGAGACGAAGGGACGGAAUGGAGAGGAGGAGGGCAAGUGUGGUGGGGAGGAAAGGAGGGGGGAAGGCAGGUGGGGGAGAGAACAGGUGGGGAAGGGGAGUGUGUUAGAAGGGACUGUGGUGGAGACGAAAGGGAGGGGACCGAGUGCCCGCAUGUUUCAUACAGCCACUGUGGUGAGAGUGAGAGGAGGGAAGGGGGAAGGGACGAGGAGAGCCGAGGAAACACUGAGGGAUGAGGAGAGUGGAAGAGAGGGAGAGGAGGAGGAGGAGGAGGAGGAGAUGGUGGUUGUUGGGGGCAGGCACGGCCCCACAGCUGCACUGGCAGAUGUAUUCUCCCUCAAUCUUCAGACGAUGGCGUGGCGCCAUGAGGCAGGGCCAGAGGCACCAUCUGCCGGGGGUACAGCAGCAACAGCAGUGGCAACAGCGACAGCGGCCACGGCUGCUGCAGCAGGAACUGUUGCCACAGAAGCGACAGCAGCAACAGCUGCUACAGGAGCAGUGGGUGAAACGGCUGCUACAGCUGCUACAGGAGCAGUGGAUGAAGCAGCGGCUGCUGCAGCUGCUACAGCAGGAGUGCCUGUGCCGAGGUAUCGCCAUGCAGCAGCAGCACUGGGGUCGUCGGUCUUUGUCUUCGGAGGCAUAUCCCGCCCUGACGCCCCGCCCCUGGACUCCCUCCAGGUCUUCUCUGCCCAAUCCUUUUCCUGGCUGCCCGACCCAGCUAUUUCCGGUCAGAUGCCUGCCCGUCGCCAUUCCCAUGCCAUGGCUACUGUCGGCAACCGGGUUUAUCUCUUUGGAGGACGAGACUCCCGGAAGGUGUUUUCAGAUCUCUUCUUUUUCGAGGUUUUGGGCAGCGCCUCAACCCUUGGGCUUGGGGGAUGUGAGGUGCCUCAAAGCUCUCGAGGUAACUUCACUGCAGGCAGCAUCAAUCGAAGCAUGACCAGCAUCACCAACGGCACCAGCAGCACCAACAGCACUGGUGCCGAUAGCAGCAGACUGCUCGUUCGGUGGACCAAGGUUUGGGAUUCUGCCCCGGUAUCCAUUCCUCACCGGUUCUCACACUCCCUCACCGCAUUCGGUCAGCAUCUUCUGAUUUUCGGCGGCUGCCCACACUCCCGGGCAGGCCCUGAAAUUAUUCUAGUAAACACCGUAACCAAUGAGGUCUCUCGAGUCCCCGUCGCUCUGCCUCGUGGGGCUUUACCCGUGCGCCACACUGCCAGUGCGGUGGUGGGGAAUUACCUGCUAGUGCUGGGUGGUGGAGCUGCAUGCUUUGCAUUCGGGUCGGUCUUCAGCCCGCCUUUCAUGCUGCCUCUGAAGGAGACUCUUGGGAAAGGGAUUCCCUACCCUAGCCAGCAACAGCAGGAGAAGCAGCAGCAGCAGGAGGAGGAGCAGGAGGAGCAACGGCAAGGAGGGUUGGGGUGGGUGUUACUCGUUCCACGGAGGGAGGGGAAGCGGUGGAAGGAUGCCUUGCAGGCAUGCGGCGCCCUGGAUAAGAGUCGAAAACCGGCAACGGUGAACGCAAAUGCCAAUUGUGAGGCGCUAGAUGGCAGCAAUACAGGUUCAGGUGUUGCUGUCGAUGGUGAGUUGCUGCUGGCGCUGCCUGUGUGUGACUCUGCUGUGAACACUGUUGCUGCUAUGCAAGGUGUAUGCACGGCACCACGAAGCGUGCCGGCGACAACAGCACCAGUAGCAACAGGCGUAUUUGGAACAGCACAAGAGCAGCAGUGUACGGCAAUGGGGGCUGUAGCGGCAGAGGCAGUGGCAGUCGGGGAGAGAGCAUCAGAUUCAGCUGCCUCAGGCCGACCAGCAACAGCAACAGCAACAGCAACAGCGACAGCGACAGCAACAGCAGUGCUCACAAAGCUGCAACUUUCCCCUUCCCCUGCUCGCCCUCUCACUCCCUUUCAACGCCUCCACCAAGCCAUCCACUCUCUCCUGCAACUCAAGGCCAGCCAACCUGUUUCUUCGGGGCACAACCAUCCCAAUGCCACCCACUCAUCUCUUCUCUCUCACCUGCCAGAUCGCUGGGAGCGGCUGGGCGACAUGGUGGUCCUGCCUGCUGAUGCCAUGCUGGGGGAGGCUUGGGACAGGCUUGGCCCGGAGCUCUGGCAGGUUAUUGCCGAGGCGCUUGGGGCGGCACGAGUGGCUCGGCAGGCCCCUGUCGCUCCCACCUUGACCAGAGACAGCCGCCUGCAGCUGCUGCUGGGGUCCACCUCGUGGGUGCAGCACCGGGAGAACGGCAUCACGUACACGUUCGACGCCGCCAAGUGCAUGUUCUCCUCCGGCAACGGCACUGAGAAGCACCGCAUGGCGGCACUCCAGCUCAACCACCACGAAACAGUCGUCGAUCUCUUCGCGGGGAUCGGGUAUUUCACGAUCCCGCUGCUCGUGCACGCGCGCGCCCGCCACGUGUUUGCCUGUGAGUGGAACCCGGCAGCUGUCCACGGCCUGCGGUCCAGCCUCGCGACCAAUCAGGUUCCGCCAGACCGCUACACUGUGCUGGAGGGAGACAACAGGGCGGUUGCCCCUGCAGGGGUGGCUGAUCGGGUGCUGCUGGGCUUGAUUCCCUCGAGCGAAGCCAGCUGGCGGACUGCGAUUCGCUGCUUGAAGCCGAAGGAGGGCGGUGUUGCGCAUGUGCAUGGGAAUGUUAUGGAUGUGGAGGAGCAGCAGUGGGCUGACUAUGUAGUGGGGGAGCUCAGAAAGAUGGCGGAAGAGGAGGGGAGGAGGUGGCAAGUGACGGCUGUGCACCUGGAGCGGGUGAAGUGGUAUGCUCCACACAUCCGCCAUGUUGUCUUGGAUGUCUCUUGCACACCUGCUUUCUGGUAACAUAAAAAAAAAACUCAACUUUCUUUUCGAAGGAGUUGGUUUGCGUUACCAGUCUGAUCUGGGCAGGGCCAUAGUUACCGUAUCAGGCUUUUUACACUGAUUUUGGUUUUUUUCAGGGUGUUCUCUUGUACUGACCCCGAUGAAUCAGCCUU